GUACACCGGGUGGCUGACGCACGUGGGCGACCGGACCAUGGCCUCGCGCAAGGCAGAGCAGUUAAUCGCAACUGUAAAACAGUGCCCCAAUUUUGCACUCUACGUCGUGCACGGCGGGACGGACUUCGGCUUCACGAAUGGCGCGAACGUUCUCGGCGGAACCUUUCGGCCACAGCCCGUGAGCUACGAUUACGACGCGCCGAUCUCGGAAGACGGUGCUGCGAUUAGCGAGAAAUACCGGCUACUCCAAAAGGAGAUUCGUUCCCGGGAGCACGCGACGGGGUUGUUGCCAGAGGGGACGACGGCGGCGACAGCAGGAGGAAGAGUAGCAGGCGGUAGAGCUUCUUCAACACCGGAGCUGCGUGAAAAUCAUACCGAUGUAAAGACAUCUUCCCAGCUAAUCAAACUCAAUUUCCGAAAUCGUGGUAGUCUGCUCACGCUGUUCGAGCGGGCGACACAAGGCCGGAAAAGUGCAGCUAGCGGAAGCGACAGCAACAGCAACUACAACAGUUGCGUCGCGAUCAAAGAGCCUAAUUUUCUCGAUGACAUUAUUUCCAUUUCUCCGGCAUCGUCCAGCGCAAAGCCUACCUCAUCCUCGCAGCGAGUGGAGAUAGAUUCCUUUGACCAACUACUGAUGUUCGAGUUCAGGCACGGCGGAGAGUCAGAGUCUGCUGCGGCUCCACAAGAUCUAUUUCCGCGGCACGACCAGUCCGAGGCACUGUCUACGCAAGAGGAAAUUUUCUUGCGCAUCACCGAUCUGAAAGAUCGCUUGUACGUAUUGGGAGGCGCGGUCAGUGCCGAUGGUACCAGUCGAGACGAACAUAUUAAAUCGGCGUCAGCAGGUGCAGAAGCGGGCCGUAAAUUUGGUGACGAAGAUACCCCCGGGGCAGAAAGAUUACAGGGGGAGAGCGGUCCAGCAGCAAAUAACCGCGUAGUCGUGCUGCAGCGACCGAACCUCGCUGUGUCGCCGGAUUUGGCGGGAACCCAGGCCGGCAAGGAGCAUUGGCUACGAAUGGAAACAGGUGGAUUUACUGACUCUACGUCGAGGACGGGAAGAACCCCAACCCAAACGUCAACGCUUCUUCUCUUCGAGAGUCUUGGGCGCGUCAACUGGUCCCGGGAGGUCGCGCGGGACCGCAAGGGGUUUCGCGUUGCCUGGUACAAAUUGGACCGGUACACGGGUAGGAAAGUCAAAUUGGCGCAGCCUCCCUCCGGUCAGUGGUACCUAUGUAAAAACGUGUUAGAGACACAAGGACGAGUAGCAGCAGAAGCAGCGGUGACGGUCGUGCACGACCGUGAGGCGAUGGAGAGGGCGGAAAAAUUGCAAGUGCCAACUGGUGAGAAGUUCGCGUCGUUUCCGCUCGUCUUCGAGGCUCAGUUCGAUUACCGAGCUUUGGAUGAGCCAGAACAACUACAGGCAACCUCUUCUAGUACUAUCCGAGGUGGCUUCUGGCUGGACGUUUCUCCGCUUUCCCGUGGCGUGGCGCUGGUGAACGGCCGCGUUCUGGGGCGAUACUUUGCGGAACAGGGCCCGCAGCGGCAGUUGUACGUACCCAAGUGCUUCCUCGAUGUUGGCAUUGCAAAUACCCUGCAGAUCGUCGACCUCGACCCACGGUUUUCGUCCCACCUGAAGAGAUCGAGUUUCGAACUGGCUGUGCGGGGUAGUAGGAGUACAAAUACUGGCAUCACAGACGGAACAAGGAUGAUCACCGGCAGAACAAGCAGUACCACGACGACCGGCACAGAAGCAGAGCAGAAUGUUGCAGCUAUCGUGGCCGCCGCAUCGCCUUUGGUGCAACCAGGAACAGCACUGCAGGAGGGUCGUGAUGUCCGUGCAGUAGGGAAGCGAAGCCGAAGGCGACGAACAAUCGACAUCGCGUACCCUUUAAUGGAUCCAUUUUCGACGGAAAUCACCUCUGUGCACUCUACGGCGGUAGACCCGGUUCCGAGGGAAACGGCAGACCGGAUGGACCAGCGCAGCUUCGCUCCUGCUUCAUCGUCUAGGGCAGCUGCAAUGCAGGAAUCAAAGUCCAGAGCUGGUAUUCUCGCCAUCCCUGCGGGAGCGAAUGCAGGAAAGAGCGCAGCGGUGCAGCACCAUACACUUCUUCUGGUUGCGCUCGAACAAAACACACAAAUGUCGUUCUCUGGUCUUGUCGUGCUCUAUCUUAUUGCGCUUUUCGUCUUUCAUCGCAGAAAUAUGUGCAAAUCUUCUGGAACGUGAAGCAAUUUUGAAUUCGAUCCACUAAACUACAAGCUAGAUGAAGCGUCAUAGAUUCAAGAACAAAAGCGAUAUGUGAAGAACUAGGCACAACUCACAACUGAGUGUCGUUGCUCGUACAAAAUGUCUAUACACAGGUCGG